AAUGAAUUAAACUUACUUAAGAAGCAAAAGAUAGUAUAUCAAGAGUUCUUUAUAAACCAGAAAACUUUUAGCUGAAUUAGUCUUAAUUUAAGGACUUAAAAUAAAAAAUGUAUAGAUUUCUAUAUUAUGAUAAAGGCUGCUAAGAGAUUGUAGAUUAAGUAUGCAACUGCAAAAUCGAUCAUCCUAUAUUAUAAAUAGAAUGUGAUCAAGAAAUAACAGAAUUGUAAACCAGCCAAAAGAUGUUCGUAUGCUUCGAUUAAAAGUGCUAUUUCUUAUACUAUAGUAUCGAAGUUAGCAGGUUAGGAUGUUAACUCAAGAUGUAUUCACUUCUUAAACAUGGAAGUAUCUAAACAAUGA